CUGACUGCUUCUCCAGCUCCUGCAGAGUGCCAGGCUGACUGAAGGCGGGGAGAUGCAUCUGGCGUGGCUCUGCGCCCUCUGCCUGGCCCUGGGGGGCUGCCAGGCUGGUGCCCUGGGUGGAGGGAUGCUGUACCCGCGGGAAUCGCCCUCCAGGGAGUUGAAGGAGCUGGGUGGCCUCUGGAGCUUCAGGGCAGACUGGUCAGAGCGGAGGAACGCAGGGUUUGUGGAGGGCUGGUACAAGGGACCCCUCUCCCAGACCGGGCCAGUGAUGGACAUGCCAGUCCCUGCGAGCUUCAACGAGAUCACGCAGGAUCCAAAGCUGCGCGACUACAUCGGCUGGGUUUGGUACGAGAAGGAGGUGCACCCACCCACCCGCUGGCUCCUGAAGGACGCCAGGACGCGCGUGGUGCUCCGAAUUGGCAGUGCGCACUAUUAUUCCAUCGUGUGGGUCAAUGGGGUGCAGGUUGCUGAUCACGAGGGCGGACACCUCCCUUUUGAAGCAGAAAUCGGUAGUCUCCUCCAGGGUGCCCCAGGGAAAACUUGCCGCAUCACCAUCGCUAUCAACAACACUCUGACACCUGAAACGCUGCCUCCGGGAACUAUUCAGUAUAUGGAGAAUGAGUCCAUGUACCCCAAAGGCUAUUUUAUUCAAGACACAAAGUUUGACUUCUUCAACUAUGCCGGGAUACACCGACCCGUCCUGCUGUACACGACCCCCUCGGCCUACAUUGAUGAUAUCACGGUGACCACAGACGUGACGGGAAAUGUCGGUUUGGUGCAGUAUUUGGUGUCGGUCCGUGGCAGCCCCCGUUACUUCUUGAACCUGACUUUGCACGACCGAGAUGGUGUCAUGGUGGCGACCGGAAAUGGAUCGGCUGGUGAGCUGAAAGUGAUGAAUCCUCUGCUCUGGUGGCCAUACCUGAUGCACAAAAGCCCUGGGUACCUUUACUACCUAAAGGUCACUCUCUUUGCCGAGGUGGACGGUGCCACCUCCGAGGAUAGUUACACGCAGCCGAUCGGCAUCCGGACUGUGCAGGUCACCCGCAACAAGUUCCUCAUCAACAGGAAACCAUUCUACUUCCACGGGGUCAACAAGCACGAAGACGCUGACAUCCGUGGCAAAGGUCUGGACUGGCCCUUGAUCCUGAAGGACUUCAGCCUUUUGCGCUGGCUGGGAGCCAAUUCCUUCCGCACCAGCCACUACCCUUACGCCGAGGAGAUCAUGGAGCUUUGCGAUGCCUACGGCAUCGUGGUGAUUGACGAGGCUCCAGCCGUGGGCAUGAGGGACAGUGUGAAUUUCGGGAACAAAUCUCUCCAGCACCACCUCGUUGUGAUGGAAGAGCUGAUCUGCCGGGACAAAAACCGGCCCUCAGUGGUGAUGUGGUCAGUGGCCAAUGAGCCUGCCUCUUCCCUGGUCCCAGCCGCUUACUACUUCAAGACGGUGAUCGCCCAUACCAAAGCCACGGACCCCACACGACCCGUCACGUUCAUCUCAAACGCCGAUUACUCUCGAGAUCUAGGAGCCCCUUACGUGGAUGUCAUCUGCGUCAACAGCUACUUCUCCUGGUACCACGACCCCGGGCACCUGGAGGUGAUCCGUUUGCAGCUGAACUUGCAGUUUGAGAACUGGUACAAAACUCACCAGAAGCCCAUUAUCCAGAGCGAGUACGGGGCAGACGCCAUCGCUGGCUUCCACAUGGACCCCCCUCUCAUGUUUACGGAGGAAUACCAGACUGCUGUGCUGAAGGAAUAUCAUGCCGUCUUAGAUGAAAAGAGGAAGGAAUAUGUGAUUGGAGAGCUCAUCUGGAAUUUUGCCGAUUUCAUGACCGCGCAAGGCACAACGCGCGUUUUGGGUAACAAGAAAGGGAUAUUCACCCGUCAGAGGCAACCCAAAGCAGCCGCCUUCCUUCUUAAGGAGAGAUACUGGAAGCUCGCCGAGAAAUGCAGCCCCCUUCCACGCCCCAUGUACGAGGACAUCAGUUUGCCCCGAACUCAGGCCUUCAAAUGUAUUUGACUUAUGUCGCUGUAUUAAGCACCGCAGAAGAGGUUCAAGCUCACGGCGGUGCUACUGAGCAUCCCAAGACAGACCACAUUUCUGCAAUGAGCAAAAACAAAACGUGUUUCAGCCGUAAAAGCAGGAGAGGGACCACAGAUCCUUUCGAAGGAGCCAAAGACACAUAAAUGAACACCGACAAGGCGUUCCCUUUAUUUUGGAGCAGAGUUUGCAUGUUCCAGUCUACACAUUUCUGAAGGAGGUUUUGGUUUGUUUGUUUAAAAACAAGUUAGUCUUGUUACAUGAUCAUCACAGUCCUUUGGUCCAUUCCCAGGAAGACCCCUGCAGCUGGACCAGUCCAAAGGGGCCAAUCUAGACCAGCCACCUGUUCUCAUGUCGGCCAACCGGAUGCCUCUUCUAGGAAGCCCGCAAGUAGGACCUGAGUGCAAGAAGAACUCUCCACCCCCUGUGGUUUCCAGGCACUGGUAUUCAGAAGCAGCAUGCAUCUGACUGGAGAGCACAGCCAUCGUGUCUAGUGGCCUUUGAUACUGCUAUCCUCCAUGCCCCUUGUUUGCUGCCCUAGGCUCCUGGGAGGAAGGGUGGGAGAGAAAAUGACUAAAUAAAAAAUAGUAAUUUGUCUAAUCUUUUAAA